AUGGGGAAGCUGCUCUCUGCAAUUCUGAUUCUAUGUUCAAUGGUGAUUUCCGUGCCGGCGAUUCACGGCAUCGCCGAAGAUCCAAAAUCGGUAGAAAAGUGGCUCGACAACCUAACCCAUUCAAAACAAAAGCUAACAAAGCUUCACUUCUACUUCCACGACAUUGAAAGCGGAAACAGCACAACUUCCAUUCAAAUCGCUCGAGCACCCAACAAUAACAGCACAUCCACAGCUGCUUUCGGUGGAAUCAACAUAUUCGAUAACGCAAUGACAGUAGGGCCGAACAUCACUUCCAAGCUGCUCGGCCGAGCUCAGGGUCUAUUCGCUGCUUCUUCGCUCGGACCACAGAGUCUACUCAUUACUAUGAACUUGUUUUUCACAGAAGGAGAGUUUAAUGGUAGCACUCUCGCGAUCGUUGGUGGUGACCCAAUAUUAGAUCAGUACCGUGAGAUGUCUGUCGUAGGUGGUUCAGGUGAGUUUCGACUCGCACGAGGAAUCGCAACCGCCAAGACUGUUGCAAACAAUCCUGCGACGAACACCGCUGUUCUUGAGUUCCAUGUUGUAGUUAUUCAUUAUUAA